UUGCUGCCCACUCCAGAUAGGGGAAGCUUCAGAGGCCCUCAAAAAGCUCCCCUAUGCUGCCUUCCCCAUGUUCCAAGAUGGAAUCACCCAAUCGGGACACUCUUUAAAAUUAUGGACAGUCCCGAGGCACCCUUUAAAAUUAUGGACAGUCCCGAGGCACCCUUUAAAAUUAUGGACAGUCCCGAAGCACCCUUUAAAAUUAUGGGCAGUCCCGAGGCACCCUUUAAAAUUAUGGACAGUCCCGAGGCACCCUUUAAAAUUAUGAACAGUACGGAGGCACUCUUUAAAAUUAUGGACAGUCCUGAGGCACCCUUUAAAAUUAUGGUUAGUCCCGAGGCACCCUAUAAAUUAUGGACAGUCCCAAAGCACCCUUUAAAAUUAUGGACAGUCCCGAGGCACCCUCUAAAAUUAUGGACAGUCCCGAGGCACCCUUUAAAAUUAUGGACAGUCCCGAGGCACCCUUUAAAAUUAUGGACAGUCCCGAGGCACCCUCUAAAAUUAUGGACAGUCCCGAGGCACCCUUUAAAAUUAUGGGCAGUCGCAAAGCACCCUUUAAAAUUAUGGACA